AUCCAGCAGGGGGCAGUAAAUUAUUUUAAAGCAAAUUACAUGUCAUCUAACCACAAAGGAAAAUAAAGCAAGAGGUCCGCUUUGCGGCUGCGCGUAGUUGAUAUCACAGCGAUCUGAAAGCGUUUCUAUUUUCGUUUCAAUAACAUUUUUUAAUUGUUAACGUCGUAUUUUUGUGCUUCUCUUUGUCCGUGGCUCUGUCGCCGUUUCUUCAUGCGCCACUUGGAAAAACUAUAGCAGAAGAAGUAUUGUCGCGACGCGUUCUAGGACAAAAAGAAAAAAACUAUGUCAGCCAAUAAAACAAAGAAAGUAAAAAUGGCUACAAAGUCCUGUCCAGAGUGUGACCAACAGAUUCCAGUGGCCUGUAAAUCCUGUCCUUGUGGAUUUGUUUUCAUCAGCCGGAAACUCUUGAACGCCAAGUUAAACGAACGUUCUCCUGCCAUCUCAGACAAACUGGAGCUGAAGCGCCGACGGACGGAACGGAUCCGCAGGGAGAGGAUCGACUCUCCUUUAGCCAGUGACAUGGAGAACAAGAGGAGGCCACGUACCAACAGCCAGUCGGACCACAUCAGAAGGGGGCGUGGUCGACCCAAAUCUGUGGGCCUGAAGAAACAGGAGGACGACAAAGGUCAGACAUCAACACUGGAGAAACAGGAAAAGGAAGUGGACGUCUAUGCCACCCUCUCUGAUGAGAAGGCCUUUGUGUUUUCUGUGGCUCUGGCUGAAAUCAACCGCAAGAUCCUGGGACAGAAACUCAUUCUGUAGAAACUGAGGUCAAACCCUGGUGAGCUGAGGACCUGUAGCACAAAAAACUGUCAGAGAGGACAAAAGUGACUGAGGUCCAGACCUGCUCUGACAGGUCUGGACCUGAUCUGACAGAUGAUAACGACUGGACGAAGAAGAAAAAAAAUGGUUUUAAAUGUUUGGUCAGCAGUUCUGCUGAUCCUGGAAAAAUUCACUUUAUUUAAGGUCCGUUCCAGAGCAAAGGAACAGAGACUGGAACUAUUGUUCCCUCCACAGAAACUCUGUGCUAUGUUCUGCUCCAAAGACUGUUUGUCAAAUACUGUUGAAAAAUGUAGAUCAGUGUUUAAAAAAAAACUCAAACUGAUGUUUGUUUUGUUUACAAAAGAAAUGCGACAAAAUCAAAUGAACAGAACAACAUCAUCAAAGUGUCAGAUCUGUUUUAGAUCUUUGUGUCACUCUUCAAUUCCUGCAUCAAUGUUAUGUUCAACUAAACAGGUUUCACACAGUAAGU